AUGAUGUCCCCUGGAAAUCGACGCAGAAAAGACGUCGGCGAUUACUGGCUGGGCAAGACAUUAGGCAGAGGUUCAUCAGGUACGCAAACACCAUCUCUGCUCUCAUGGAUCCGUGGACUAACAGAUACACCAGGGCGAGUCAAGAUUGGCAUUCACAAAGUGACAGGAGAAAAAGUGGCCAUCAAAAUCAUCGCCAAAUCACAUCUAGCUGCCAACGCGUCCGUGGAGAAGGCAGUGAAGCGAGAGAUUGCUGUGAUGAAGCUCAUCAGCCAUCCCAACAUCAUGAGCCUGAUUGAUGUCAUUGACUUGUCAGACUCACCCAACUUGUAUUUGGUACUGGAAUAUGUUCAGGGCGGAGAAUUAUUCGAGUACUUGGUAUCGCAAGGAAGACUAUCCGAAGCAGAAGCUAGAAAAUACUUUCAACAAAUCAUCAUUGGAUUGGAUUACUGCCAUCGACACUUGAUCUGUCAUCGAGAUUUGAAGCCAGAGAAUUUGCUGCUGGAUCGAGAAAAGAACAUCAAGAUUGCAGAUUUUGGCAUGGCUUCAUUGCAGCCGACAGGGCAAAUGUUGGAGACAAGUUGCGGCUCGCCUCAUUACGCCAGCCCUGAGAUUGUCAAUGGCAUUCCAUACGACGGUUCAGCAUCUGAUAUCUGGUCUUGCGGUAUUAUCUUAUAUGCCCUACUAAGUGGACAUUUACCAUUUGACGAUGACAAUAUUCGGCAACUACUAAACAAGGUCAAGGUUGGAAAAUAUAAAAUACCAGAUCAUUUAUCAGAUGAAGCCAGAGACUUAAUUACCAAAAUAUUAGUGAUUAACCCAGCCAAAAGAUUGACUAUGAAACAAGUGCAAUCUCACCCUUGGUUCACCAAAGAUCCUCCACCUAACCUCACUACAUUGCCUGACCCACCCACAGCCACAGAAAUUGGUAGACCAGUUGCAAAUGCAGCAGAGAUUGACGACCGAAUUCUCGAGACACUCAAAGUGCUUUGGACCGAUUUAUCUACUGAAAAAGUCGUCGGUGCAUUAUUAAAUUCUGAGUACAAUAUGCAAAAAGUAACCUAUGUGUUGCUACAAAGACACGCGAAUUCCUAUUGGCAGACGGAAAGAGACGAUGACAUUCGAUCAGUGGCAUCUCCUGCUAAACGAAGACGUCCAGCUACUAUUUGCGCUGUAUCGGAAGGAAAAGAGCCAUUCCCAGGCUUGAAUGAGAUGAUGUCAAAAUUAGCCGAGCGUGAAAAGACAUCAAAUGCACCUCCAAUGACGCCUGGCAUCCAGCAUCACAACGCAGCACCCAAGUCUUUGCAACAGCCAAUGUCUAGGCACACAAGCAAUGCGACUUUGAGGCCUGUUGUGCCACCUGUAGAAGCAGUGCAAGAUACACUUCCACCUCCCGUGCCUCCUAAACCUAUUGUCAUUCGUGCAGAUCAGAUCUACACUGAGCAUCAACAAUGGCAGCAGCAACACCAAUCACAGCCGCAACGAUGGCAUUCACCGAUCUUGAGUCGACCAAAUACCAACAAAUUCUUACCCACCAUGUUUGACCAACAGCUGUAUCAACAUUACGUUAUGCCUCAACCACCACCACCACAACAACAACACCAACAACAUAUGAACAUCAACCACAUGCUAUCACCCAGAGCUCCAGCCAGUAGUGCUCUCAAUCACCAUCAAUUUCAGUAUUCUCGCAAAAACCCUUCUCAUCCUCAUCAUCAACCUGACUCCAAACUAAAUCGGUUCAUAAACAUGUGGCAACGCAACCAUCGUAUCGACCCCAGCCCGCCAUCGCAGCAAAACAGUAUGUUUAAGGUGUCGUCCAAACCCAUGAUAUUCGAUAGAAAAGCCAUCGAAUCUAGUUCAUCUGUGUGGAGAGACAGCGUCAUGUACGAAGCACCACUACCUCCUUCCACUCCUAACCAAAGACAACAACAGCAUAAUCGAGCUUCGUUUGUAUCUACUUCAUCCAGAACCCCUCAGCAACAGCAACAGCAACAGCAAUCGCCGCUGUUUUCACCACAACAAACAACUGUCAUGGAAUCGCCUAAGCUGUCCUCCUGGUUACCUGGUUUGUUUCAUUUCAAACAGCCAAAAGUGUGCUCGUUGGAAUGUGAGGCUAGAGACGAACGAGAGGCGAUAGGAAAAAUAUCGCAAGUGUUGGAGGAGUAUAUGGAGGGAUUUAUCACGGAAAGACAAGAACCAGAUGGUAGAAUAAGACGUAAAGGAGAGAUGAAGUUAUCACAUCCUGUAAAACCCAUUUUAUUACGAUUCAAAUUGGAGAUAUACCAGUUGCAAACAAAUCAAAAGAAGCGUGUUUAUCGCAUCAAUUUUAUUCAACAACAAGGUGAUGCUAUGGCACUUGUAGCUGCAGUGAAGCUCCUGGAUCAAACACUCCAAACUUAUGAACAUGAGGCCGAAUUAGUGGCUACAGCCAAUGGUUGGAAUACAAGAAAUAGCAUUAUAAUGUAG